AGGGAGGAGACGCAGGAGCCAUUGGCGUUUAGGUAGAAAGCAUAAAUAGAGGAGGGGAAACGCAAACAAUCGAUAGCUCAUGGAAGCGUGGUCCUGUUCCUUUCUUUAUUCCGGAGUUCAGAUGAAGUCAAAUAUUACUGCUCUUUAACGUCACAGUGUGAUGUUAUAGUCCAUGAAUAAUACUCUAGAGAACUUUUAUCUCAAGGUCCAAGCACUAGAAUGAUUUGGCAUCUCGGGCGUUUAGUAUACUUCUGCGAAAUUGUGAAUGAAACUUGGACGGGUAAGCGACUGACGGCAAAGUGAAAUGUAAGUGCAGGUCAGGCGCUGAGAAUUAUGAAGAAAACGGACUCGGUGUCGAUGAGGACAUCAGUGUGGAUUAAACAGCGGCACUGAGCGUUGGGACAGAGCUGCACCAGUCCAGUGACUGAUCAGGGUCGUGGGGAAGCCUGGAACCUAUUCCAGGGAACUCGGGGCACAAGCCGGGGGACAUCCUGGACCCAUCGCAGGGCACAAACUCACACCUAUUCACACACAACAUACAAUUUGGAAAUGCCAAUCAGCCUACAGUGCAUGCCUUUAUACUGGGGAGGAAACUGGAGGAAACCCCGAAAACACAGGGAGAACAUGCAAACUCCACACACACAGGGCAGAGGCAGGAUUAGAACCCCUAACCCUGGAAGUGUGAGGCAACAGCGCUAACCACUAAGUCACUGAUAUGCUCCAUCAGAUCUAGAAUUUGUAAAAGGACUAUAGCAGAGCUGAUCAACAUAUUAAUAAAUAAAUAAUAAUUUUAAAAAAAUAGAGUUGCUGAACCAUGGCUAUUUUUUUUUCUUUUUUUUCUUUUUUUUCUUUUUUUUAAAUUUUUUUUUUUUUUUUUGUAAUGAACCAGCUUGGUUUCUGUAGCAGAUCUGCUUUUGCUCACAGAGUCAUAUGCAAACAUGUAAAUUAUUUAGCUGAAGGAAGCUCACCGAGCCAGAGACUAGCUACAGGGCUACAGGCACUAGGUCAGUGGAGACUUUUCACAGACUUUCACAGAUUUACCCUACCGGCUCCUAUUAGCAAACUGACAACAUGGUUUGUUUAAAAGGUGAUGAGGAAAACAGAAUGUUCAAAUAGGAAAGGACAAAGCUGUAGGGUUUAUUCUUCACUUCAAAUUAAUUACUUACAGUAUAUCCACAAACUAAUCAUUAGUGAUUAAGCAUUAAAUGGUCACCAGUCGUGUUAGUUGCUUGUCUGGGACCUCUGUAAGCAAGGAAUUUUAUGUAACAGGACCUUUACGUUUUAAGUUUUAGUUGAAUACCCCUGCUCUACACCAAAGAACGAAAGACAAAGCAAGUAAUCCAUAAGGUUAGACAACAAAGGUGCAACGGACAAUAAAGUCGUGAGAAAGAACACACAGAACAGAUCUCGCAUUCUCAGAAGGCCACUAUAGCAUUUUAAGUUUAUUUUCAUUAUGUACUCCAUCUCUCAUGUUGACUUUGAUGUACGAAGUGAAAAUGCCUCAAAAGUGAUCCACUAGACAUGAUGGAGAUUUAAUUGCAUUCAUGUUUUGGUUGAAAAGACGGAUUGGAUUUAAUGAGAGCCUUAAGCACUUUCUGUGUAACAUUGCUAAAACAAAAGCUGAGGUUGCGCAGUUAAUCUGCUGAGUAGGAUGGAGAUGUACUUUUUUAAUGAGCUCAUUUCAUAUAUGCAGUCUGUUUUUCUUCAUUGUUGCCUCUGUACAUAUCCCUCCAAAUGACAGCAAUUGAAGAGAAUAGCAAUCUGACAACUGAAAUCCGAUUGGACUUGAAAGGAUUUAGGCCUGUUUGUGAAAACAGUGUAUCUUAAUUGGUGCAGGUAUGCGCCCCAUUGUUUUUGCCGCUAACCUUGUUGAUGUUUGUUUCUAGGACACAGGCAUGACAGCAGCCUCUUGGGAAGUGGAUUCAGCUCAGUCCAAUCAUUCUCUGUUUAACUUUAGCGGUAGCUUCAGUAGCACUGAGACCGUCCUGUGGCUUCUGCCCUCCCAGAACAGCACCGAGGUGACAUGGAGCCCCACCCCUCAGCCGGGCACAGCCAGGGUACGGGACCAGGCUCUGGCACAGGCUGAGAUUGGAGUGCUUAGCCUGGUGCUGGCACUUACCACUCUGGGAAACAGUUUUGUGCUGUGGGUGCUGCUGCGCAAGAGAAAGAACCACGCACCCAUGCACCUAUUCAUGAUCAACCUGUGUGUGGCUGACCUUGUUGUGGCCUUCUUCCAGGUGCUGCCACAGCUGCUGUGGGAUAUCACAGAGCGCUUCCAGGGCCCCGACGCUCUGUGCCGCUUUGUCAAGUACUUGCAGAUUGUGGGCAUGUUUGCUUCUUCGUACAUGAUUGUGGCCAUGACAGUGGACCGCCACUAUGCCAUCUGCUGCCCUCUUCAAGCAUACCGUGGAGGCAAACCAUCGCGCUGGAACACACCCAUCAUGGUGGCCUGGGGCCUGGCCCUGGUACUCAGUUUACCACAGAUGUUCAUCUUCUCACGGACUGAAGUGUUGCCGGGAGAGUUUGAGUGCUGGGGCCACUUUAUUGAGCCAUGGGGCCUCAAAGCCUAUGUCACCUGGAUGACUAUAGCUGUCUUCAUUCUACCAGCCCUCAUCAUCACAGUCUGUCAGGUGCGUAUAUUCAGAGAGAUCCACGACAAUAUCUACCUGAAGUCAGAGAAAAUGGUGACAGCAGAGUUUAAGAGGAACUCCGUGGUCUUCCAUUUCCCUCAGAGAGAAGGACAUCAUGGGAGGUCUAGGAGACACAGAGACUCCCAAGGCAGCCAUAAUCAUCAGACGGACAUCCACGGAUGUCAUUGCAGUAACUCCGCCCCUACAGACCUUCAGAAUUCAUAUGAUGAUCUAUCCAGCCCUGAGCCAUUCGGAAACUCCUCAUAUAACCCCUGUGAUCCCUGUGACCCCUGUUCUGUGCCCCUCCCGCCCACAGAAUUCUCCACAUGUACCAGUCCCCCCUUAGAGAAAUUCACUCCUGAUUCCUGUGAUCCAUCUCACGCACAUACCCUGACAGCAAAUAACGUAUGUUCUCAGUCCAGAGCCUCAUCCUCACUGGCUGGCCAGCUUUCAGGAACUCCUGAACUCUGGCCAGAUGUGUUACCAGAUCUUCCCCCGCCGCCUCCCCCUGGCAUUUCUAAGGCCAUGUCAAAGACAGUGAGGAUGACUUUGGUCAUAGUGUUGGUCUACACUAUCUGCUGGUCUCCUUUCUUCAUCGUCCAGCUGUGGGCAGCCUGGGACCCAAACCCUCCAGACCAAGGAGUAGCAUUCACCAUUCUGAUGCUGCUGGCUAGCUUGAACUCAUGCACAAAUCCCUGGAUCUACACAGCUUUUUCCAGUAGUGUGUCACGCGAGUUGCUUGCUCUGCUGCGCUGCUACGUGCCCACUCCACGCCGUGGCUCACUGCCCGACGACUCCACCACCACACACACCUCAACGACCACCAAGGACAGUAUCUACUAACAUGCACACAAGCACACAUGGAUUAACCACCAGAUUCAAAUCCAUCACCCUUUCCAGUGCCCACAAUGCUUGAAAGAGCAGUACCCCAUGGGCAGCAAGCAUCAUGAAGUAGGAACAUUAUAAGCUCAGUAAUGUGAAUGUUCGCAGUGGAACAGACUUUUGUGUAUGUAUGUGUGUGAAUAUACAUGUGUAUGUAUAUGUGUGUGUGUGUGUGUGUGUUGGGAGACAGGUCAAGAAUAAGCUGUGAGAAUGUGAGACAUUGCCAGAUUGCUAAACAGGAAGACUACUCCAGUCUGGUUGAGGACCAGCCAAAGAGCAGAUACCAAUGUUUGGAACGGAACCAUGGUUGAGAAUAUUGUAGAAGCAGGCGCAUCCAACAUUGCCAAACAGAUUAUUUCAGGAUUGUGUCAAAUUAUUUCAUUAUGUCAGUAUUUACUUUAAAAGAAAUGCUGGAAUGGAUAAAAAACUAGAGCUGAGUAUUCAUUACUGCAGUGAGAGACGAAAAUCUUCUCAAAACUGAAAAAUUACAUCUUGAGAAUGAUGGACUUUAACUCAAGAGGUGGAUAUUGUUAUUUGAAAAGAAAAAAAAAAAAAGGUUCUACAUCCAUUUAUUCUGGACUGCCAGGGCAAUUUAUUUCAGAACUAGUGGAGUAUACCCAUUACUUGUUUAUAUGAGUUCCCUCGCUUGGUACUGAUACCAAAGUUGUGACCCUGUGCACAUGACUGUUACCCUCACAUCACUCUCAUCCUUUUUUCCAUCCUCAUCUUGUUUGUGUAGUUGAGGAAGUGGAUUCAAAGUGCUAUGUAAAUACUACUGGCUGUUGUAUAUCUUUCCUUUGACACUGCAUGUCUGCAGCAUGGAGUAAAUUGAACAACAGACAUGAAUCCCCUCGGAAAGUAAAAGACACAGAAAAGCUCAGCUGCAGGCAAAAAGCUCAGCUGCUCAGCCCCCUCAAACAGGAAGAGUGAGCACCUUUAUAAGGUUGGAAUGAACAGGAUAUGAAGAUGGUAGCAAGCAUGAGACAAAUGCAAGAGCUUCAAUGCAACAGCACAAUGAAGUGCAGCACUUGGAAGAGCUUAUUACAGCUGCCUUGCAUACAGAAACAGUCACAUAUAUACUCUCAAUGACUAAGUCUCAUUGUCUAAGCAUAAAUAAUGAGCCUACCCCAGCUGUGCUGACAGUCCGCCAUCAGAGUCUUCUGAUGAUUAGUGUGCAAUGCAGGAGCGUGGCUCAGGAGCGGCAAAUGCACCGCAGCCUGAUAUUAAGGCUGUCUUAGUGAAACUGAAGACGGGUCUUCCACUCACAACAGCAGAUUGAAUGUGUAGCUCAUUUUGUGGUAUGGUCACCCAAACAAGUUACCAGGAUUUCCCAUAAUGCUUCAACUUCAAAAGUGAAUUGAAGCUGCGACCCAAGAAAAGAGAAUGCAUACUGACUGCAAUGGCAGUGUGGUGGUUUAGGUUAAUAACUUAGAUACAGACACUGAUGGGCUCAUGAAUGUUACUGGCUGAUGAAGCCCUGCGCAUAAAUCAUCAUGACAGAAUCGAGGACCACCAGGCCACCUGAGUCUCAGGUUGAGAAUGGCCUGAGGACAAGCAUGGCAUAGCAGGGGGAUCUUUUAUAGCCUACCCACAUGCUGUUAUGAUCAUGGUUAUGAGGUGAUGAUAUUGCUUUUGGUACUCAUCGAGGAAAGGAGCAAAUGGGAAUUCAUCACUAGUUCUUAAGGAAACUGCCCUGUUGUAGAACCACAGUUACAAAUUACUUUGAAAUCAAAGAAUUCAAUUAUAAUAUAUCCCAGUAAAAACACUAAUUAACUGUGUGAAAGGGAGCCUUAUUACUAGGCUUUUUUUGUGUUUAAGUGAAGUACAUACCACCAAUGGCAAGGUGUUCAAAAUAUGAAAAGCACACAUCAGGAUCACUCCAUUUAUAAUCAACAGACAAUCAAGCACCUGCAUGGCAACAACGCCAAGGUGAACCCAAAGCAUUGUGUGACAAUACUGAGGUGCAGCACAAUGUAGUUUGUGUUUAUGAAAGAGGCUAGUGCAGCCUCCACUUUCUCAAACUAGUGUACUUGUAGCUGAACAGUUCUAUUUUACAGUUUUGUGUAGGACUUAAUACAAAACAACACUCCAAAAAUAAAUCAAAACCCACCCAUAUUUAUAACAGCACUCUAAUUAUUGCCUUUCGUGAUGAUGAAUUUCUACGGACAGUGUAACUUUUUGAAUUUCUGCUCACCUUUGGUACCAUAGUGUAUAAUAUAAAGUCUUAUAGUAUUAUACACCAGUUCUAUUAUACCACAGUUUCAGCUCUACCUCCAGCCAGUUUCUGCUCCCACAAAUGCGUUUUAUAGAUGGAAUUAGGGGACCAUUUAUAUCCUGUUCAGAUUUUAGAAUAACUUAUUUGUAUAAAAGAUAUUACAAAUGUCCUAAUUUAACAGUAUGUUCAAGGAUUGAAAAUAUGCAUAGGUUAAUAUAUCGUACUGACAAAAACGUACCCCUGCAAAGUGCCCAUAUUAUAUGUUUAGUUUUAUCCUCAAACUUGUAGCAUCGUGUGGAUUGUCACUAUAUUAUAAAUUUUGCAUAUUUGACCUCAGAGGAUGAAAGAUAAAAACAACACUUUCACUUAAUGGUGAUUAAUAGUGACUAACAUUUUUUUUCUAAGCUUACAUAGGAAAUCUGUAAUGUCAAGCAGCUGACUUGUGUCAAUAUUUUGUUGAUAUCCUAAACUACUCAAUAUGAGAUAGUGAGAGCAGGUCAUUGUGCAAUUUAACAUCUACUUAAGAAGCUUUCGUGUCUAUAUUUUGAACAUCUAUACAGCAUUUUUCAUAAUAAUAAAUAUAAACUUGUUUUUUCCACAGAAAGAAAAUUUAUUUAAAAUAUGUACCUGAUGUAUGGUAUCUGCAUUAUACUAAAUAUUGUAAUAAAUGUUUUAAAUACCUA